GUGAGAGCUUGUUCAUGAUUUAAUCUAUAAUUGAAAUUUCAAAAAACCACUGACGUUUAAUAAAAGCUAAAUGUAAAGGUAACAAAACCAAACUACAACUUUUAGGUAAUUUUUUCAAUAUAUUGAUUGAAUUUGAAAUUUAUAACAACUCUGAAUAACAUUAUCGUUAUCAAGUUUAUCUAUGAUGUAUAACAGAAUGGUGUAAUAUAAAAGAUUUCAAUUCCCAAUUUCAUCUACGAGUACUUAAAUCACUAAUAUUGAAAAAAACUAGAAUAUUUUUUAACGUUUUAAAAAUAGUUUUAUAUUAAUCCAUCGAUGUUAAAAAUUAUAGAGUAAUUAUUCUAUGCUUGACACAAAAUACGUUCUGUUGAUAAAAAUAGAAAUAAGUUAUAGAAACAUUUUUCAUUAUAAUAAAUAGAUUAUAGUUUCAAUAAAACGAUUUAAAUAUCUUUAAUAUAAAUAUUUUAAUUAUUUCGAAAAGAAAUUUCAUUUAUAAACCUCGAAAUGAAAGUUAUUAUUCAAAUUACCCGCUAUGAAGCUGCCAUUACCGAUUAGGCUGCCACUUUGGCAAUACGUCAGUCAAAUGAAUCAAGUUGUUGCGAUUGUGAUUCAAGAAAUACGUCGUCCUAAAUUUGUCUCAAUUAUAUACAAUAAUCCUUUAGAAACGGCUAGUGAACUAGUACAAGAGUGCAAUAAACACGUAACUAUCGCUUUUAAGUAACAAGAAAAAUUUUAUAAAUAUAGAAAAUGAAUCCUGAAUAUGAUUACUUAUUCAAGUUGCUUCUCAUUGGAGACUCUGGCGUAGGGAAAUCAUGUUUGUUAUUGAGAUUUGCAGACGACACUUAUACAGAGAGUUAUAUUAGUACUAUCGGAGUAGAUUUUAAAAUCAGAACUAUUGACCUAGACGGGAAGACAAUUAAAUUGCAAAUCUGGGAUACUGCAGGUCAAGAACGAUUUAGAACGAUCACUUCGAGUUAUUAUAGAGGAGCUCACGGUAUCAUUGUAGUUUACGAUUGUACGGAUCAAGAUUCUUUCAACAACGUCAAACAGUGGUUAGAGGAAAUCGAUCGUUAUGCGUGUGACAACGUAAAUAAACUACUUGUAGGCAACAAAAGCGAUCUAACAACAAAGAAAGUUGUCGAUUUUACUACGGCCAAGGAAUACGCUGAUCAGUUGGGUAUACCGUUUUUGGAAACAUCGGCGAAGAACGCUACCAACGUGGAACAGGCGUUCAUGACCAUGGCCGAGGAAAUUAAAAAUAGAGUGGGCCCACCUUCUUCGGCGGCGGAUCAGGGUAACAAAGUUAGGUUCGAUCAAAGUCGACCAGUCGAAACUACCAAAUCCGGAUGUUGCUGAAAAUAUUUUGAUCCAAUGGUUAAAGAUGGUCACUUAAGUCAUCUCUUUUGUACAGUAGCACCGCUACCAUCAUUAUUAUAUAGUAAUAUCCGUCUGUAUGUAUAGUUAUUUUAAAAAUUUUUGAUUUUUAUUCAAAGUUUGUUCGUUUUUUUGGGUUUGAAAAAAAAAAAUUAGAAGACACCAAUAUUUCUUAGCCUAAUCUUUAAUCCCCCUUUCCACGACCCCCUAUCCCAACUAGUUAAUUCUGUCAUAUUUAUUAACAAUUUUUUGUUUUGUAAAUCGUUCAUGUUAAAAAAAAAAUAUUUAUUCUAAAUACCAUUCCUGCUACGAUUUUCUAUUAAAAAUAUUUGUUAUAAUUUGUUUAAACAAUAUUGGACGUUGACGUCCGAAUUUAGAAAAAUUUAUCAUUAAAAAUGUUUUUUUUCUUAAAUAUAUCACCGUAUAUAUUAGCAAAGUUGUCAUCGUUUUUUUUUUGUUUAAUUAAUUAAUUAAUUAUCUCAUUAUCAUCGUUUUUAACUUAAAUUUAAAAAUAGAAACAACGUAAAAUAUAAUAUAUAUGAAGUGUAUGCGAUUGUAAGUUUUUUGGUCAAUAGGUUUUUUUGUAAAUUAAAAUAUUCCGAACUGAAAAUUCCGUAUAUUUAUUUGACUCCUCUUUGAAAUACUAUUCGAUUUUUUUCGACUUUUAAUAGUACCUUAUAUUGUUUAACCUCUUUAUUUGUAUUUACCUCAAAUUUAUUUCAUAUAAAAUUAUACGAAAAUUUAUUUAGAAACAGUUACUUAACGUAACAUGAGGUGAUUUUCGACACAUAUUAAUUGAAACACCCCCGUAGAAAUUAUAUUAAACAAAACCCUUUGAAUUAUUUGAAAACUUGCUGGAAAAAAUGAUGGAAAUGCUUUUUUUUCGAUAUUUAACGCAAAUUUAUUGUAAUACCCUCGUAGUUCAGGGUGUUAUUCAACUCAAAUUAAUUGUGAAACCCCCGUAUGAAAAUAUCUUGAACGAAUUGCUUCGAAAUUUUAUAAAAAAAUUCCCUACCGAGGGAAGAAAUGUCGUAUACGAAUGUUUUAAGGUAUUAUCAUUUAAACAUUUCAACCCUUUUUUGAUAUUUGACAAAAAUUUGUUGUAAUACCCCCGUAUAAAAAUAUUGCAAACAAAAAAUUUAUAAUAAAUUCGAAAUUUUUUAAAAAACAUCGUGUUUGAAUGAUAAGGGGAGUUAAAUAUCCAUAUUGUCAAGUUUAACUAAUCAAUUGUAUUACCCUCGUAAGCAAAACCAUUUGAAUUAUUUCAAUGUUAAAUCAUGACAUUAUUCUAAAACUCACCUCAGUAUUUAACAAUACAAAUGCAUUGUAUCACCCUCGUAUAAAUUCUAAUUAGAAAAUUUUUUUAUUUUUUUUUAUGAUGGUUUUAUCCAAUUUUGAAAGAAAACUAUAAAUAAAAUCGUGAAAAACUCGUACCUCGCAGUAACAGCAUAGGGGCGAAGCUCUAUCUUCGAAGUUUGUAACGACUGUUUUAUCAAAACGGAAAUGUAGUGAUUGAGGUUGUUACUUUCUUAUUUGAUAAUAUUAUUUUGAAACUUAAAUUUCUAUUAUUCUUAUUUAUUAUAAAGCAUUUGGUUGCUUUUUCUGCAUUAACUCUCAUUUUUUCUUAUGAGGUACUUUGAUAAUUUUCUAAAAUAAACAUAUAAUAAAUCUUCUUCUUUUUUAUUCUAUUUUUAUGGAACAUAUUGACGUUGGCCUCUUUCGAAACUAUAUUAAUAGUGAUUUUAUAUUUCGUUGGUUGGUAGUAUUAGUGGUAAAAGUAUAUUCACAUAAACAAUGUUGCCAGACUUUGAGUUUUUAUAUGAAUUUAAAGAAUUUUUGAACAGAUAAUUUUAUUUGUAUUAGUAUGAGAUACAUAAAACAACUCGAAUUUUCAUUUUGGCUACGUAAACGUUUUCAGUUACAGGAUGAAUUUUAUUUUUUGUUAUUAUUUCAAAUUCUCAAGUAUUUUUUUGCCGAUUACUCAAUUAUAGGAAUUUCAUUAAAAAAAGUCUGACAACUGUGGAUAUAAAUGAACAUCAGCAACUCGUAGCGCUCGUGUUAUGGUGCAUUUUUAUAUUAACUCUCGAUGAUAAUCAAAUUAGAUCACGUCAUUUUAUAUUAUCACAAUUUCUAGAAAUUGAUUAUAUAAAAACGACUAUAAUGGGUUAUAAAAAAAUUUCAUAGUUUUUCUGGGAAAUUUGUCUACCAAUUUUAGAUUUUAAAUUUUAGAAACAUAAUCGAACUGGACCGGCUUUACCGAUUAUGUAGUGAACGAGUUCAUAACAAUAUUUUUUCGCGAGGUUUAUGAAUAAAACAACGUUUUGUUAUUAUGAAAUAAUUGUAUUUGAAUUUUUGAAAAUAAACUGACAAUUACACUAUUGAAA